GCACGGGCGGUCGUCGGUCACUCCAACGGCCUACAUUCACAUCUGACACGAUUACAAUUCGAAUACAAAUCGAUACCCAACUGAUCGACUGAACGAGAUCGAAUCGUGUCACGUGCCAAAAAUACCCAGUGCUCAAUAAAUAAAAAGAAAAUAACAAUAAUCGACGAUCACUUAACAAAUACAUACUGCCGUGUUAAUUACAACGAAUGAUAGUAAAAUAAUGUUUCACAGUGAUUUCUGGUCGUGAAUUAUGUUUUUGUAUGGAUUCAAAACUAUAAAGUAGUGAGUGUAUUUAAUAUCGUGGUGUUUGUUUUUCGAUGAUAAUAACGCAGGAUGAGAGGAACGAAAGCAAUAUUUCUCAUUUUAUUUUUCGGUCACCUAUCAGCUCUUCCAGACACCAUUCGAAUCGGUGGAUUAUUCCAUCCCGAGGAUGAUAAGCAAGAAGUCGCUUUUCGAUAUGCAGUGGAGCGAGUGAAUGCAGAUAGAGCGGUACUGCCCAGAGCCAAGUUACUUGCGCAAGUUGAGACAAUAUCGCCUCAAGACAGUUUUCACGCAUCCAAACGAGUAUGUCACCUUUUGCGGAGCGGCGUAGCAGCGAUAUUCGGACCACAGUCGGCCCCUGCAGCAGCCCACGUGCAGUCUAUAUGUGACACAAUGGAAUUACCUCACUUAGAGACCAGAUGGGAGUACCGCACGCGACGGGAAUCCUGCCUUGUCAACCUAUAUCCCCAUCCAGCCGCUUUAAGUCGAGCAUACGUCGAUCUCGUUAGAGCCUGGGGUUGGAAAUCAUUUACAAUAGUCUAUGAGAACAGUGAUGGCUUGGUUCGUCUUCAAGAAUUGCUCAAAGCUCACGGUCCCUCGGAAUUGCCUGUUGCUGUUAGACAAUUGCCCGAUUCACACGACUACAGGCCGUUGUUGAAACAAAUAAAAAAUUCUGCUGAGUCACAUAUUGUAUUAGAUUGCACUACAGAGAGGAUCAGGGAUGUUCUGCAGCAGGCUCAACAGAUUGGCAUGAUGUCCGAUUACCAUAGCUACCUUAUAACAUCACUAGACCUUCAUAGUGUAGAUUUAGAGGAAUUUAAAUAUGGUGGAACGAAUAUAACGGCAUUAAGAUUACUCGAUCCCGAAAGAAGUGAUGUCCAAAAAGUUAUAAGGGAUUGGGUUUACGAUGAAGCGAGAAAAGGGCGAAAAUUACAACUAGGUCAUACUUCAUCAAAGGAGAAUAUGACCUUUAUUAAGACGGAAACAGCUCUCAUGUAUGAUGCAGUACAUCUUUUUGCAAAAGCUUUACACGAUCUAGAUACAUCACAGCAAAUUGAUGUGAGACCUUUGUCGUGCGAAGCAGAAGACACAUGGCCACAUGGUUACAGUCUUAUCAAUUACAUGAAAAUUGUUGAAAUGAAAGGCUUAACUGGAGUUAUAAAGUUUGACCAUCAAGGAUUUCGAAGCGAUUUCACUCUAGAUAUAAUUGAACUGACAAGGGACGGUCUUCAAAAGGCAGGAACUUGGAACUCCUCCGAGGGAGUCAAUUAUACAAGAUCAUAUGGGGAGAACCAAAAGCAAAUAGUGGAGAUACUACAAAAUAAAACGCUUAUUGUUACUACAAUUUUGAGUGCACCAUAUUGUAUGAGAAAAGAGGCGAGCGAGCGGCUAACAGGGAACGCACAAUUCGAGGGGUACGCCAUUGAUCUCAUUCACGAGAUAUCUAAAAUUCUGGGCUUCAAUUACACAUUCAAGUUGGCGCCUGACGGUCGAUACGGUUCCUACAACCGUGAGACUAAAGAGUGGGACGGAAUGAUAAGAGAAUUGCUGGAACAACGUGCCGAUGUUGCUAUCGCCGAUCUUACUAUUACAUACGACAGGGAGCAAGUGGUCGACUUCACGAUGCCGUUCAUGAAUCUCGGCAUCUCAGUGCUAUACCGCAAGCCCAUUAAACAACCGCCGAACUUGUUCUCCUUCCUCUCACCCCUCUCUCUAGAUGUCUGGAUUUAUAUGGCUACAGCGUAUUUGGGUGUCUCCGUUCUACUUUUUAUACUUGCCAGGUUCACACCGUACGAAUGGCACCAAUCCCAUUCAUCAGACGGCGAGAAAAUGGAAAACAUUUUCUCUUUGGCCAAUUGUUUGUGGUUUGCCAUCGGAUCUCUUAUGCAACAAAGCUGUGACUUUUUGCCCAAGUUCAGUCCGUACGAGUGGGACAGCCCCAGGAACUGUUUAGACGAGCCGCCGGUGUUGGAGAAUCAGUUCACUCUGUUGAACUCGCUGUGGUUCACUAUUGGAUCCUUGAUGCAGCAAGGUUCGGAUAUCGCACCGAAAGCAGUAUCAACCCGUAUGGUAGCAGGGAUGUGGUGGUUCUUCACAUUAAUCAUGAUAUCAUCAUACACCGCCAAUUUGGCAGCAUUCCUGACUGUUGAACGAAUGGAUUCUCCCAUUGAAAGCGCCGAAGACCUGGCCAAACAGACUAAGAUCAAGUAUGGAGCUCUAAAGGGAGGAUCUACAGCUGCUUUCUUUAGGGACUCGAACUUUUCCACGUACCAACGAAUGUGGUCGUUUAUGGAAUCGGCCCGGCCCACUGUCUUCACAAGUAGCAAUAAGGAAGGGGAGGAGAGGGUGAUGAGGGGCAAGGGCUCUUAUGCGUACUUGAUGGAGUCUACCACUAUUGAGUACGUGGUCGAGAGGAAUUGCGACCUAACGCAAGUGGGCGGGAUGCUCGACUCGAAGGGAUACGGAAUAGCUAUGCCACCUAAUUCGCCAUAUCGCACAGCCAUAAGCGGAGCCGUCCUCAAGCUACAGGAGGAAGGAAAGUUGCACAUCUUGAAAACUAAAUGGUGGAAGGAAAAACGUGGAGGAGGAUCCUGUAGAGACGAGACAUCGAAAUCGUCGUCGACGGCUAAUGAGCUUGGCCUUGCAAACGUGGGCGGUGUAUUUGUUGUGCUGAUGGGUGGUAUGGGAGUUGCUUGUGUUAUCGCUGUUUGCGAAUUCGUCUGGAAGUCUCGCAAGGUUGCUGUGGAUGAACGGGCUUCACUUUGCUCGGAAAUGGCAUCAGAGCUACGUUCUGCACUGAAAUGCCCAAGCGGCGCGGGUAGCGGAGGCAACUCGGGAGGUACGCGGGAAGGGGCCGGCUCCCCCUACCUGCACUAUGGCUUUAGCACCAAGAGUCAGCUCCACUAGCGCCCAGACCCUGCCUCCUCGCCCCCCAGCGAUGUGUAGGCAAUAUGAACAUUGAUUGUGUACUUCGAUCAUUAUCACUUACAAACUAAUACGUGACGUGAAUUAAAAAUGCUGACGAGGACUUUAAUAUGCAAAUUUAUAAUGUACAUAAUUCAUAUCUUAUUGAAAACAAAAUGAUGACGUUGUUGUGAAGUAAGGUAUUUAAUAGUUUAAGAUAUUGCGUUGUGCCAAUGCGAAUAAAUGUUUCUAAUUGUUAAUCUGUAAUAUAUUAAGUUUACGAAAUACUGUAAAAAAAUUAAUUACUAUUUAAAAUAUGUGACAAAAUCGCAAUUUAGAUAACAAAUACAUCAGUCUUAGAUUUUACUGCUCACUCACGGUCAGAUCUAUGACUAAUUUAAAACUGAGUGUGUAAAGUAACAACGUGAUAUAUCACCAUUAUUUAAAUUAAAUAAAUAAUAAUUUUUACAAUUGAGCCUAAAUUAGUAAAACCUAUUGUAUAUGACUAUACCAAUCUAUUACAUUGAAUAAUUGUCGUAUAAACAUUUUUAAAGUAGUAAAUGUAAUAAUAUUUAGAGUACCUAUUGGUGUUUUAUAUAUUAAUUCAAAUAAAAUUAAAACUUUUCAUGUAGCUAUUAAAGUUAACGAUAUACGUGUAACAUAUUGAAUGUUUAAUUAAAUACAUUCUUUGCGAAAAUAAGUAUGUAAAUAAAACUUCUACAUGUGAAUCUUUUACCGCCAUUUGUAUCUACGACUAUAAUUUAGUUGAAUUAAAUAUAAUUAUUACUUAUGUAAAACUGUUAUAUCUUUGAAAUAUAAUGACGUUUUUAUAGUUGUAAUGAAAAUAAUUUAAAUAUCAUUCUUUUCUGAUUAACUAAUUGUUAAUUCAUUAUAGUCUUAAUUCUUAUUUCAGUCAUUAAUAUAAUUUAAAAGGAAUAUUAUUGAAUAACUUUAAAAUUGGAAGCUCUAAUUGAUGGCAGCUCAAAUUGUGCCAAAGAUCUAACCUUAUUAGGUAUAUUU